AUGGAGAGCUUCCUCUUGAGCUUAGCCUCAUCUUCCCAGCGAAGUAUGCCCAAAUACCUGAGUCUUGACCAACAAUAUUCUCAAGCCUGCGAAGAAUUGAAACACCCUGAGAAUCCAUUCAUAAUCCAUGUUCUCCAAGAAGUGAAGCAAGACGAUGAAGCGCUAACAAAAAGAAUCACAAUAAAAAUAGCUGGUAAUAACCGCUUGGUACCUGUGCAGAAGGUAACAGAUGCUGAUUUUCAAAUCCUUGCUGCUGUCUAUGCAAACAAUGUGUUUCUUACAGGGCUGGACCUGAGAUAUAAUCUGUUAACUGAUGCUGGCGCAGUACACAUUGCAGCUUUCCUUCAGGAUAAUGGUACCCUGCUUUACCUCAAUCUGAUGUUUAAUGACAUUGGGACCAUUGGAGCAGAAUUCAUAGCUAAAGCACUGCAUAGGAAUGAAACUCUGCUUCACCUAAGAAUGACGGGCAACAAGAUUGACAACAAGGGAGGGAUGUAUUUUGCGGCAAUGAUGCAGGUUAACAACACACUACAGAAGUUAGAUUUUGGAGACUGUGACCUGGGUACACAAAGUCUAAUAGCAUUAGCAACAGUUUUGAAUCACAAUGAAUCAAUCAGAGCCAUAAAUCUAAACCGGCCGAUUCUGUACAGUGAAGAGGAAGAGACUACAGUCCACAUAGCUGCUAUGCUGAAAAUGAACAGCAUCCUCGUUGAACUGCAUUUGUGUAAACAUGAAAUGAAGAAUUUUGGCGUUGAACGUCUCUGUGAUGCGUUAUAUGAAAACACCACCCUACGAUAUCUUGACCUCAGCUGUAACAAAAUUACUCGGGAUGGUGUCAAAUUUUUGGGACAGGUGUUAAAACGAAACAAGAGCCUGGAAAUCCUGGAUCUUAAUUUUAACAGGAUAGAAGAUGAUGGAGCUUUUUAUCUGAGCGAGGCACUUACUACGCAUAACCGGACCCUUCAAGCGUUAGCAGUGACAAGUAACAGUAUAACUGGGCAAGGAUUGGUUGCCCUUGCGGAAUCAAUGAAAACAAACCCUGUUCUUUCCUAUAUCUACAUCUGGGGGAACAAAUUUGAUGAAGCCACCUGUGUGGCAUUUGCAGAGUUAAUUCAAAGCGGCCGCCUGAAGCCGAUAAACACAGACGUUGAGCCGUAUGAAGUGGAUGGGCAAACAUACCUCGCUGAACUCUCCCAUGGCCUUAAAAAGCAUUACUACUGGACGCCCAGUUACGGAGAGCCUGAUUCCAAAGCUGCCAACGCCUCUCUAGCAAUAACUCCUGUUGCAGAAAACCUGUGA